AUGAUUCAUGGUCCAUGUGGACCUGAAAAUCCUCAGUGCCCUUGCAUGAAAGAUGGAAAAUGCACAAAGAAAUUUCCUCGCAAAUUACACAAAGACACUGUCCACAGUGAAAACGGAUACCCACUCUAUCGUAGAAGAGCACCAGCAGACGGAGGUCGAACGGCAUCUGUGAAACUACGAAAUGGGAGUUACGUCACUAUUGAUAAUAGUUGGGUGGUCCCUUAUUCCGCUAUUCUAUUAAAAAUAUUUAACGCCCAUAUAAAUGUUGAGGCUUGCAGUUCAGUGCGCGCUAUCAAAUAUAUCUGCAAAUAUAUUAACAAAGGCAGUGACCAAGCUAUUUUCAAUUUUAGGAGCACAGAGCUUGCAAAUCGCGUAAAUGAAGUACAUACAUAUCAAUCUGGUCGUUAUGUUAGCAGCAACGAAGCCGUGUGGCGGUUAUUAGGGUUCCCGUUGCACGAAAGGCACCCCACCGUUACACAUCUAAGUGUACACUUAGAGAACGGUGAACGAGUUUAUUUUACAGAAGAUAAUUUCCACGAGCGACUAUCUACUCGACCAAAAACCACCCUUACAGCUUUUUUUGAACUUUGCAUAAGAGAUGAGUUUGCAAGAACUCUUAUGUAUGCUGAGGUACCGAGAUAUUACACAUGGGACGCAACCAGAAAAACUUGGAAACGCCGAAUUCAAGGAACUUCGGUUCAGAACUGGCCUGGUGUCAAAUCUGGAGAUGCCUUAGGACGGGUUUACACAAAAACAGUCCAUGUUACUAACAUGGAAUGUUUUUGUUUAAGGAUGCUUCUACACCAUGUGCGUGGGCCAACCUCUUUCAAUGAUCUCAAAAAAUACAACAAUCAAGAAUUUUCAACAUUUCGAGAGGCAUGUGAGGCAAGAGGAUUAUUGGAGGAUGACAAUCAUUGGAAUAUAACACUGGAAGAGGCUGCACAAUGUAGAUCAGCGGCCAAGGUGAGAAUGCUUUUUGCUAUACUAAUAGCGACAUGUGGGCUUUCAAACCCUCAACAACUGUGGGAAAGGUACAAAAUUCAAAUGGCCGACGAUAUUUUACACAGAGUACAACAUCAUAGUCCAAACGUUACAUACAAUGAUUUCAUUUUUAAUGAAGCCCUAACAAAGAUAGAAGACCAAGUCAUAACUAUAACUGGGAAAGAUUUGUCAGAUUUUGGGUUGAGCAGGCCGCAAAGAACUGGGGAAGUUUGCAGUGAUAUAAUAAGAGAAUUGAGUUACGAUGCUGCUUCUUUACAACAACAAAUAACUGAGUCUGUUCCGCGUCUAAACCCAGAACAAAGAUUAGUUUUUGAGAAUGUUGUGCAAAAAAUCGAAAGUGGCGAAGGUGGUUUAUUCUUUUUGGAUGCGCCAGGAGGCACGGGUAAAACAUUUCUUUUAAAUUUACUUUUAGCCCAAAUUCGUAAAGAUAAAGGAGUUGCUGUUGCUGUAGCUUCUUCUGGAAUAGCAGCUACGUUACUUAAUGGUGGCCGAACGGCACAUUCAGUACUUAAACUGCCAUUGAACUUAGCUCAUGAGGAAAUGCCAGUUUGUAACAUUACUAAAAAUAGUGACCGUGGACGAAUGUUACAGCAAUGUAAGCUGUUGGUUUGGGAUGAAUGUACCAUGUCCCACAAAAGAGCGAUAGAAGCACUAGAUCGGACCAUAAAAGAUAUUAAGAGUAACCAAAGUAUCAUGGGUGGUAUGGUGGUACUUUUAGCUGGCGAUUUUAGACAGACUCUGCCGGUAAUUACUAGAGGCACGCCGGCAGAUGAAAUAAAUGCAUGUUUAAAAGCGUCUCCAUUAUGGGUGCAUGUAAAAAAAUUUUGUCUGACUACAAAUAUGCGAGUACAACUGCACAGUGAUACACAAUUGGUGCAAUAUGCGGAUGCUCUUCUGAAAAUCGGAGAAGACCGUAUGGAAACAAAUAGUGACGGAAUGAUUACAUUGAAUCGUGAAUUUUGUAAUGUUGUCUGUAACAUGGAUGACUUAAAGAACAACGUCUAUCCCGAUCUUGCAACCAAUAUGAAGAACAGACAAUGGCUGUGCGAAAGGGCAAUUUUAGCACCGACAAACGAAGUAGUGGGGCAGAUCAACGAACAAAUCAUGUCAGAUGUGGAAGGUGAUUUUGUUGAGUAUCUGUCCGUAGACAAUGUCAUGGACACUGAGCAAGUGACAUCGUUCCCUGUAGAAUUUCUUAACUCCUUAGAAUUAUCGGGGGUGCCUUCCCAUAAGUUGAGGCUAAAAGAACAGCAAAGGGAGAAGAAGUGUUAA